GCAGAGGUACUGCAGCUGCUCUCAAUCAUACUUGUGUUAGUCCUGCCAGAUCCUCCAUACAAACCGAUCUAACACGUCCUGGAGCUGUGCAUACCUACCUUCCCGGCUCUAGCUACCGACUUCAGCACCGCCGCCAGUGGAGAAACUGAAAAAAACAGAACUGAAGACCACCGUUCAGAUCGCGACGUUUGGUCAACGCGAUUGCUUGGCGUCUGUCGACCAACCCCCGCCGCCGCCGACGGCUGACGUACGGUUAUAGUGGGAUUUUUUUUGUGCACAAAAAGAGGAGGAGUCUAUCUGUGAGGGGAACUGGAGAGCAGUCGGUUGAAUCCGCGAGCGCACAACUAUACAGUUGUUGUUGGGGCACAGCUUACUAGUUUUCCUAGUGAAUGUUAAAACCGGUGGACUUGAUGCCCUACUGAUACCACAUCCUGACCGCAACGGUUGUACACAACAGGGUCCGGAAGAGUGCGACAGCAGCAGGAGGAGGUGACAGUCGGUUACAGACCGAGACAUAAAAUCGCGGGAACAUCACUUCGCGACGCGAGGAGUCGCUGUUCCCUGCUCCCACAAUCAACAAAUACAUGGAAGGCCUCAAUCCCACACAUCCUGCUAAAGGUUGUCGAAGAAUUCUGUUGUAAGUCCAUGAACAGGAACCUUUCAGCUUGAAGGCAGCAAUGGAAGUUGUUGUGACAGAGGAGAAGAAGAAGAUUUUCCGUGCCAGGAAAACCAUGAAGAUCAGUGAUCGACAACAACUGGAGAGUCUUCACAGCACUUUGUUGACAUCAUCUCCAGGUUUGUCCAACCCAUCUCCACCACCUCUAAUGAAUGGCACACACAAAGAGGAUGGACAAAAAGUAGGAGACAAAGAGCAAAACAACAUCUUGGACACAAACUCCCCCAACGCCACAUCACCUGCCUCUCCUGCUCCUUUCUUGUCCCUGAAUCUAUCACCUUCCCCUGCCUCUUCACAAAGUCCAAAAGCAAAGGAAGAAACUCCUACUUCUCCCACAUCACCAUUCCACUCUCUAAACUUUGAACUGAAAAAGAUGGAGGCGGACGAGGAGGAGGAGAAGAAAGGUUCUUCAUCAUCCUCAUCAAAUGAGCCUGUUACACUAGUAUCAACAGAAUCUAAGGAAAACAAGGAAAAAGACACUGAAGUGAUUCCAGAGGUGGAAAAGAAAGAGGAGGAACAGAAUGCAAAAGUUGACCCAGCUGUGGAUUCGGCAAAGGAGUCUGUUAAAGGUUUGGUUCCAUGUUCGCCUCUGCCACCUCCAGUAUCUGACUGCACAGAACCAAUGGAUACAGAUAGUGACACUACAAAGGCCAAGGACCCUGAGGCCUCCACAGCCAAAUUAAAAGAUGAAAAACCUUCUUCACCUAAAUCUAUAACUUCCGAUUCCUCUCCUUCUUGUCCUCCCCCGUCUCAUCCAGCUUCCUCCUCUAGUGUGGAUCUAAAACCAAAAAAGGAAAUCAAAGAGGAUGACAUAAAAAAAGAGAAGAAUAAAAAAGAAGAUGUGAAGAAAGGACCCAUCAGUGAGGAUAAGAUGGAUGUGGAUUUGGUGAAAGUAGAGAUUAGAAAGGAAAAAACUGAUAUUGGAAAAACCACAAAGCCAUCUCGGCCAUCAUCCACUCCACCAUCUAAUACAGUAGUGCAAGAGGACAAGGGCUCGACCUCGGGACUGAAACGCACUUUAUCAGAGGGUUCUGAAAAAGAUGGACAAACCGUGAAAAGAGAGGGGAAGAGGCCCAAGGUGGAGCGUGAGGAAUUGGAGGCACAACUGGAACUUAAAAUUACUGCAAAAGCUGGGAGUCACCAUAAACUUGAAAAGAUUGUGCAACAGCUAGUGGAUGAACGGCUGAGGGUCUUGGAGCUGACAAUGUUUGACAAACAUUUCCAAGAACUCAAGGACAGAGUAGACAAGAUCGAAUGUGCCACCAAACACCAAACUGCCAUUAACACACUCCAAGCCAAAAUAGCCCGAUUAGCAAAAAAGUUUGGUGAAGCUAAUCAGGCAUCGGAGAACAAAAGGAAACAGGAGGCACUUGCUGCUGCUGCUGCUGCUGCUGCUGCUGCUACUGCCGCUAAGACUACAACCGUUCCAAACAACCCUCAAGCUCAACGGCCAGUCCGGACUUCCAUGGAGGUAAAGCAGACUCAAGCAACAGUUUCUUCCUCCAGCACACCUGCAAAUCCAGCUCCACAAGCUCUUACAGCCCCAGUCCCAGCUCCAGCAGCAACAUCCACCUCGACAGCCAUGGUUACACAGGCCCCCAUCCUCCAGCUAAUCACCUCCACCUCUAAUGCUGCUUCCACUGGCAUUACCACUCAGAGUCCCACAGGCACCCUACUGCUGAAGACGGCCCCUGGGAGCAGCAUGGUGGCUACAGGCCAGCCGCUUCUCAUCCAGCUGCCUUUAUCAGUGACUAAUGGCCAGGCAGGAACGCUGGUCAACAUCCCUGUCUCCUCUCUGUCUGCAGCCAACUCACUCAACAAGGCCAAAACCACUGCUUCCACUGCUACUUUUAUACUCAAGCCUGCUCCCACCACUACCACAGCACCAAUGUCUGCCCCAGCCGCUGCCACUGUCCCAGCGCUCCAGGCCUCCACUGGCCAGAUGUCUUCUGCCCAAAUCUCUCUUGCCCGAGCCGUGUACCAGGGUGGUGCUGGGGGGAUAACUACGCCCAAUGCUGGGGUGUCUGUUACCACAGCCAGGACGCCAGCUCAGUCUGUGUCUGUAGCCGGAGCUAUGUCGUCAGCCUCUUCACCAGCAACAUCGGGGCCAGCAGCAACAGGUUCCACUGCUCCAGGACCCCCACAAGGGACGUCUCUGACAUCAAAGACAGACAACCAAGCUACAGGAGCCACUUCAUCCAAAUCAGCCACGACACGACCCAAAGGCUCUGUCAUCGAUCUCACUGAAGACGAUGAUGAUGUGCAAGUGACAGGAGUGAAAAAUGCCACCCUUGCAGCCCCCUCUCCGAGUCAGCGUCCUCACCCAGUUGUCAGCAUUCCCAACAGUUCAGGAGCAAGGUCGUCCCCGCAAAUCAGUCAGAACUCUUCCAGCAAUCCUCAGUUGACAGUCCACCACCGCCCCCCACUGGACUCUCCAUUGAAAUCCCGCACUGUAACCACUACUGCGCCAGCCAGGGGCUCCAGCAUGGUACUGCCCCCUCUCCCAGCAGCACCUGCACCUCCACGUUUACCCCCCGAGGCUGAGCGCACCUCACCUCCUCAGCAACCUCAGCUGAAGCUGGUGCCAAGUCAGACUGGUAUAGUGCUGUCCUGGUGUGUGGCAGAAACUGAUCGGACCUGUGCAGCUGUAGACAGCUAUCACCUCUAUGCCUUCCAUCAAGACAACUCAAGCAGCAAUGCAGCACAGCAGCACUGGAAGAAGAUUGGGGAGGUGAAGGCCCUUCCUCUUCCCAUGGCCUGUACACUGACCCAGUUCCAGUCUGGCUCCACUUAUCAUUUUGCUGUUCGAGCCAAAGACAUCUACGGGCGCUUUGGCUCCUUCUGUGAACCUCAGUGCACAAAUGUCAUCAGUUCCAGCUCAAGUUGAACAGUUAAGGAAUGGAAACCUUUUUUUGCAUUUGAAAGUUCAUGACUUCCUUUACUUCUUUUUUGUUAGGAACUCAAAUAUUGUGCAUUGAAGACAUACAGUAUCUGUAAAUAUCUACAUUACAACUGGACUUCUGACUGACUUGGGAAAUUGAAGCAACAAACAGUUGGUUUUGUCUGGUUAAUGUAUGUAUUGUAUUUUUUGUGACUUAAGCUGUUGUACAUAAUUGAAUUACUUUGCCUCUCUACCAAGUUGGAUAUUUAUGUUGUUGACUCCUGUUACUCUGACCCAGAUGUCUUUGCUUUACUUGAGAAGAGGUGACAGGAUUAUCAAUGUAAACUCAGAAUUGCACAGAUAUGUAUAAAUGUGUGGUAGAAACUGAAUGAUAACUUUUGUAAGUUCUGUCUGGUACCCAGACUUUGAC